UGAAAAUUUCUCUUUGUCAAUGGGAUCAGUAUUAAAUCAGCAAUAUACAAGUAAAGUAUCGCAUGCUGUAAUGUAAAAUGUGGCUGAAAAAUGGAGUUAAAUGAAUAAGUACACGAGGGGCGAGCAAAGGUGGUGGUGAAGAGCCCGGGAAGCUGCCAGAGCCGGCAGAGGAGGAAUCCCAGGUUUUGCGCGGAACUGGCCACUGUAAGUGGUUCAAUGUGCGCAUGGGAUUUGGAUUCAUCUCCAUGAUAAACCGAGAGGGAAGCCCCUUGGAUAUUCCAGUCGAUGUAUUUGUACACCAAUAAAAAAGAUACUUUUAUGGAAGCCGAUUGUUUCCUCAAAGAAAGUUCCUGUGAUGUCACCAAAUCCUCAAAAAGAAACACAUGCCUAGGUGCUGUACUUUGUCUCUCUUUAGACAUGUUGAUAAAUGCUGUGAGAUUCUGCUGUUUGAGGAUGAGCAAACUAUUCAUGGAAGGAUUUAGAAGCCUAAAAGAAGGAGAACCAGUGGAAUUCACAUUUAAAAAAUCUUCCAAAGGCCUUGAGUCAAUACGGGUAACAGGACCUGGUGGGAGCCCCUGUUUAGGAAGUGAAAGAAGACCCAAAGGGAAGACACUACAGAAAAGAAAACCAAAGGGAGAUAGAUGCUACAACUGUGGUGGCCUUGAUCAUCAUGCUAAGGAAUGUAGUCUACCUCCUCAGCCAAAGAAGUGCCAUUACUGUCAGAGCAUCAUGCACAUGGUGGCAAACUGCCCACAUAAAAAUGUUGCACAGCCACCCGCGAGUUCUCAGGGAAGACAGGAAGCAGAAUCCCAGCCAUGCACUUCAACUCUCCCUCGAGAAGUGGGAGGCGGGCAUGGCUCUACAUCACCACCGUUUCCUCAGGAGGCUAGGGCAGAGAUCUCAGAACGGUCAGGCAGGUCACCUCAAGAGGCUUCCUCCACAAAGUCAUCUACAGCACCAGAAGAGCAAAGCAAAAAGGGGCCUUCAGUUCAAAAAAGGAAAAAGACAUAACAGGUCUUCUUCAUAUGUUCUUUCCUUUACCCGGUUGCAAAGUCUACCUCAUGCAAGUAUAGGGGAACAGUAUUUCACAAGCAGUAGCUGACCUGGGAUUUUAACUACUAUUGGGGAACUGUGAAUUUUUUAAACAGACAAAUCACUCUAAGCAAAUUACAUUUGAGCAGGGUGUCAUGUUUUAUGUUAAUUCAGAGAAUAAGAUUCUGUCAAUAUGUGCAUGUAUGAGAGGGAGAGAGCCUGAGUCUGUGUGUGUACAUGAGGAUUUUUAUAUAGGAAUGUAGACAUAUAUAUAAAGAGCCUUUGUCUUUAUAUAUUUGUGUAUAGAUCAAAGCACACACCCUCUCUCAUAUAAUUGGAUAUUUCCAAGAAUUGAAAACCCAUGUGAAGCAUUAUAGAUAGUUUUAAAUUUAGCCCACUGGAGUUUUCUUGAAAUACCACUUCUUUUAUAUUAUAUAAAAAUAAAAACAUGACUGUUACCUUUUGUGUGAACCAAAGGAUACUUCAGAUCUCAGAGCUGCCAAUUAUGGGGUACUAAAGGUUUUUAAGACAUCCAGUUCUCCCGAAUUUGGGAUUGCCUCUUUUUCUUGAAAUCUCUGGAGGAGUAAUUUUUCCCCCCUUUUUGAAGGCAGUACCUUAACUUCAUAUGCCUCUGACUGCCAUAAGCUUUUUUGAUUCUGGGAUAACAUAACUCCAGAAAAGACAAUGAAUGUGUAAUUUGGGCCGAUAUUUCACUGUUUUAAAUUCUAUGUUUGAUUGUAAAAUUAGAUGCCUAUUAAGAGAAAUGAAGGGGAGGAUAAUCUUAGUGGCUUGUUUUCAGUAGUAUUUUAAUACCAGCUUCUUGUAACCUUUUCCAUGUUGUGAGGGUUGUAAGGGAUUGUGUGACAACAGCAGCUUCCCUUGGCUAAGUCAAUCUUCUACCCAUUGCUUUAGAGCAGGGAGCCCUCCUUAUUUACUACUAAAGACCUUAGAGAACUCCAAUUGUUUGGCAUAUAUUUUUGGUGGUUGUUUUUAUUCCUCCUGGAGAGUUAUCUAAUUUGUUUCUAAAACAAGCAGCACAGAAAUGAAUUAAAUACUGGGGUUGAGAAUUAAAAUUAAGUGGAUGUUCACAGUUGCCCAAUAUAUAUGACCUGCAAAUGAUAUGAAAAAGUGCAGCAUUUAGUGGCAGUUAACAAGAGUGACAAGCCUGGGGCAGAGGUACCAAACCUCUCCCACCAGAGAGCUAGAAGUAUUUUAUACAGUAACUUUGAUCUUAUGGAAGUGACCUUCAAUGCUUAUUCUGAAGUAACCUAUAUGGUGGAUACAGGAUGAACAUUCAGUGCCAGGGAGAGUCUUCUCAGGUUGGUUCUCAGUUAGAGUGAUAAACUGGCUAGGGGCCAGUCAUAGUAUUGGUCCUGUUAGGUUUCGGUCAUGGAAAAAAAAAUUAUUUUGGGGUCAUCCUGGCUCUAGAUGUUAUGGGCAAAUUUCUGAAACAUCUGCAAGAAGGUACCAGUUAAUUAUAGUGCUUAAUAUUGGGAAUAAGAUUAAGCAUUAUAAUUAUAAUGUAUGGGCCUGUUGGUGUAAGCUCAGAUAAUUAAAUAAAAAUAGCAUGACUCAAAUGAGACAUAUUCUGCUGAACAGUUUCUACUUCCUCUCCCGCCUGUCCUGUCAUGGGAGACAUGUAUAGUUGCUGCUGUUUCAGCAAGCCACCAUAAGAAGAAAAUGCCUCAGGUUGGGUUGCCAGUCCUUUACAACUCAGCUUGAAUUUCACAACAGUGAUUGUGAGAAUCUGCGUGGUAUACACUGAAAUAUCGGUGUGCUGUGAUGCAAAGCUUACCUUUGACGAUAUUGAAUGUGAUAUAGCUGUAGAGAAGUACUUCCUUGCCUUAUGUGAGGAUUUCAAACUUAUUUAAAUUAUGUAGACAAAUCAAAGUGGCAUUGCUUAAUUUUUAGCAGGCAUAAUAAGCAAGUUAACAGUAAAAUGCAAAACAUGAUAAGCGUUGCUCAAUUUUUAGCAGGUAUAAUAAGCAGGUUAACAGUAAAAAUGCAAAACAUGAUAGAUAAGUCACUUUGAAAAUUCAAACCAAAGUUCCUUCACCUUAUGGAAACAGGAAAUUAUGGACUUCAAAAUUGGACAUUUCCUGUUCACAAAAAGAAAUUCAGAGCUAAAAUUAUGGUAAAAUAGAAACACUUGAGAACUAUGGUCUUUAUGGGUGCAAUUUGAAAUCCUUUUCAUCAUCUUACCAGACUAAACUAAGAGCACAUACCAAACCUAUCUUAUGGUUGAAAGUUGGGGUUUAUUUUUUAUAUGAGAAUAUUAUCACUAUUACAUAACAUACUCAGGACAAAGAACUUUGCUCAGGGAACAUACCAUAUAAUAUUUUUGUUGUUUCUUUACAGACUAGUCUACAGUCCUGCUUACUCAAAACAAACCAAAUAACUUUUACCUUUAUAUAAGUAUUAUGUACUGAUGAUAGUAACUACCUCUGAGUUUGACACAGAUCAAAAUUUUUGAAUAUCAGAUAUCAGUUAUCCUAUUUUUAUUUCAUGUGAAAACUCCUCUAAAGCAGAUUCCCUCAACUCUGUGUAUAUGUGAAUAUCACUGAUGUGAACACAUUGUUCAUUUACAUAGGUAAAAUAUUACUCUGUUUACAGCAAAAGGCUACCUCAUAGUUGAUGCAUAGCACACCUGUAUGUAUGCUGUUCCAGCCUUACAGGUGGCUGAUAAUUCUCUGGUACAGAACCUUUUUAUCUGUAUUAUAAAUAGCAAUUCACAACUGCAUGUUUCUGACAAACACUUGUGAAUAAUGAAGCAUCUCAUUUUAGUUAGCAAAGUCUCCAAACAUUUCCUUAAAAUAAUCAUGUAUUUAGUUUAAAGAAUUAUGGGCACUGUUCAACUUAAGCAAAACAGAACACGGAAGCAGUCUUAGAAGCAUCACUUUGCCCAGAGGUGGAGGUUGGAAGGGGUAGCAAGGAGAGGGGUUGGUGUAUGCAGGUAUUCAUGCUAGGCAAAGAGUUUAAAAGAUGCCAAUGUCCUUCAUUUACUGUCUGUGCUGCCCUGAAGCCAAGCGUAUUGCAGCAUUAUAGCCCCAGGCACAUAACUAACUAGCACUGGCUUGCCAAGGAAUGAACAUGCAAUGCCAUUACUAGCUAUUGAGGGAAAAGGGUCUGUGUGAAGCAUCACUUUGCAGGGUUUACUAAUGGUGGGGCAGCAGGUCUGUGAAUUAAGUUAUCUCUUGACCUCACCCUCAUGUCAACACAAAUGUAAUUCCUAAACAAGAUGCAUUGCCAGUCUCUUAGCCCUGUAAGCUGAUCAUUUGCUACAUGGCAGACUAUAAUGAAAACAUUUUUAUACUUGGGUUUCUAGUCUUCACUAGAAGGCCUUGGAUGUAUUUUUGCAGUUGAAAGAUUUAGAAAGAUUUUUACCUGCUUAUAACUUGGAAGUUUAGCGUGCAAUGUAAGAAAAAAGUUCAAGAAGUGUCAUGUUAUUAGCAUCAGUCCACCUCCAAUAUUGCCGAUACUUUUUUUAUUCUGGCUCAGUUUUAUUUUGCACCAGUGCGGCCCCAAGUUACUGCUGGUUGUAUUUAGUUUGUGAAUAGGAGCCCAUAAGUGUUAAUAGACUUUGUAACAUUCACUAUAAGAUGAAUUAUACAGGACAUGGGAAAUCUCAUUAAGUCUUAAAGUUAAUUUAAAUUAAUUUAUCUGUUUUCUCUAAGAAAUGUUUAUCAUAAAAUAUAUAUGUGUAUUUCCCCUUUGGUUAUAAAAUUUGGGAAAGUAUGUACAAGUGCAGCUGCACUGACUUUAAUUUUCUAGAUGUCUUAAUGAGAUUUAUUUGUUUUAGAGAAGAACAUCUUGUUAAAAGCAUCAAACUCUGUCUUACAUAGCUGUCAACAGCCUCUUUAAGAUGUGGUGGUUGUAUGAUCUGUGUCUUAAUUGUUCAGUUAGAGUGAGAAGUUGACCUAUGAUUCAUUUUUAAAUUUUAUAUUUGGAACAAAGCUGCAAGUUAUGGUAAAGUACUGUACCGUGAGAAGUAUUAUGAUAUUUAAUGCAUCUGUGGCUUAACACUUGUGAGAGUUACCAGCUUGAAAAUGAUGGUGUUAACUACCUCUUGAAUCACAUCUAUCAACCACUGGCACCUACCACCAAGCUGGCUUCAAUUAGUAUGUGUUGCUUUUUGGUAUUAACAACUAACCAUACUAGAGACCAAAGUGAACCCUGAUUUUUAUAUGUCUUUAAUAAUGGUGUUUUAUCUAGUGUUUUUAAAUUAUCCUGUGUAGUAUUUAGAUUACCUCAUUGUCCAUUUUGACUCAUGUUGUUUACAAGUGAAAAUAAAAACACUUGAACUGUAUGUUUUUAAAAGACAAAAAAGGGGUAGAUGUUUGGAAUGCGUUUCACUCACGUGCAGUCAUCUGGAGGGACUAAAGCACUGUUUGCCUUUCUGUACACUCUGGGUUUUAUAUUCUCAUUUCAUGCCUAAUGUCUUAUUCUGUCAAUUAUGGAUAUGUUGAGGUUUAAAAAAAUUACUUGAUUAAAAAUAAAACAUAUAACGUUGGCA